CUCCUGAAGUGCUUUCUAUCCGGACGACUUCCUCUUUAAUUUGACUUUUCACCCCCUCCAUUAAUCAAAUCCCAACUUUUUUAUUUCUUCCCUUUUUUCUUUCUUGGUUGUUGCUUCUUUCACAUCACUUCGCUGCAUCUGUCUAUCCUGCUUCGCCUGCUGCAUCCACGGUCCUGCCACUUCCUCCUGUGCGGCGGCUGUUGGCUCCGUGGCUGGCUCUACAUGGCUGAAUAGGUGGUAAAAGGGUUGGUCUUCUCUGUGGGGGGGGGGGGGUUGCGACGUUGCAAUCAGGACCAGGACAAGCAGCAGGAGGAGGAGGUAUUGGAGGAGGAUGGCGGUGGCUCUGGACGAAGUGUGGGGGCGGGUGAAGAAUGUCUGCAAGCAGAACGGGCUUCUCAUCCUGUCUGUGCUGGCCGUGGUCAUUGGCUGCCUGCUGGGCUUCUUCCUCAGAGGCAAACAGCUCUCCGAGCAGGAGGUGAAGUACUUUCAGUUUCCCGGAGAGCUGCUGAUGAGGAUGUUGAAAAUGUUGAUUUUGCCCCUUGUGGUUUCCAGUUUGAUGUCUGGUCUCGCCGCCCUGGACGCUAAGUGCUCCAGCCGCCUGGGCAUCAUGACCAUCUCCUACUACCUCUGGACCACCUUCGUUGCCGUGGUAGUGGGCAUCGUCAUGGUGUACAUCAUCCACCCGGGUGGCGCUGCCCAGAAGGAGGCCUCGGAGGAGAGCAAGAAGCCGAUGACCAGCUCUGCUGACGCCCUGCUGGAUCUCAUUCGCAACAUGUUUCCAGCCAAUCUCGUUCAAGCUACAUUUCAACAGUAUCGAACACAGAGAGUCCCAGAACUCAUCCCCAAACCAACGUUGGCUCAGCUCCUGGAUGAGACCACCACGCGCAGGAUCUACAUCUACGGCAUCCAGGAUGACAACGGCACCGACAUUCAGAACUUCUCCCUGGACCUCACACCGCCACCUGACGUCAUCAUGAAAACCUCCCCCGGUACCAGUGAAGGCAUGAAUGUGCUGGGGAUAGUUAUUUUCUCUGCAACCAUGGGAAUAAUGUUGGGGAGAAUGGGACCUAAUGGAAGCGCUCUGGUCAACUUCUGCCAGAGUUUAAAUGAGGCAGUUUUGAAGAUUGUUGCCAUAGUCAUCUGGUAUUUCCCAUUCGGUAUUGUGUUCCUGGUUGCCGGAAAGAUCUUGGAGAUGGACGACCCUUCAGCCAUGGGGAAGAAGCUGGGCUUUUACGCCAUUACCGUGGUAAUGGGCUUGGUGCUGCAUGGGCUCUUCAUCCUCCCAGCCAUGUACUUCUUCAUCACUAAAAAGAGCCCCAUUGUUUACAUCAGAGGCAUCCUACAGGCUCUGCUUAUCUCCUUAGCAACCUCAUCCAGCUCUGCAACUCUGCCUAUCACCUUCAAGUGCCUCCUGGAGAACAACCACAUCGACAGGCGCAUCAUCCGCUUCGUGCUGCCCGUCGGUGCCACCAUCAACAUGGACGGCACUGCUCUCUACGAGGCCGUGGCAGCCAUCUUCAUCGCCCAAGUGAAUAAUUAUGAGCUUGACUUUGGGCAGAUCAUCACAAUCAGCAUCACUGCCACUGCAGCCAGUAUCGGUGCAGCAGGAAUCCCACAGGCAGGACUCGUAACCAUGGUGAUCGUGCUGACCUCCGUGGGUCUGCCCACUGAUGACAUCACUCUCAUCAUUGCUGUUGACUGGGCCUUGGAUCGAUUCAGGACCAUGGUCAACGUGAUGGGUGACGCCCUGGCCACCGGCAUCAUGGCUCAUAUCUGCAGAAAAGAUUUUGUCAAAGAGGGGGAGCAGGUGCCUCUGAUCUGCGAGACCAAACCCAUGAUCAGCAUCCAGCAGAUGAUGACCUACCAGAACCAGAAGAACGGCUGCUACCAGCCGGCCCCGCCGGGCAGCAGGCAGGACCACUUUGCCCCGGACGUGGCCCGCCUGAUGCAGCUGGAGGAGGGCGUUCGGCCGGCAGAGAAGAAGAAGCAAGGCCACUCCUCCCUUCGCAAGAGAGAGCACAGGGACAAGGAACACUGUUCAAUUGAUAUGAACGGCCUGGAGACUAAUGUAUAAAAAGAAGCCGCCCUCCCGACAGCCACUGGCACAUCCGCAGCUGCAGGACCAGCAGGAGAGGAAGAACAGAUCCAGGAACUGAGUGACUGAAGUUCACACACUUCUCUCUUCUGAGGACGGACAGCGGCCAAGAAACUACUUUUUUUUUCUACAUAACCUAAAUGAUGACCCACAUUUGACUGUGUAUGUUUGUGAGUGUACAUAUUUAUCAGAUGUAUUAUUAUACAGCGGCAGUGAGAGCGUGCUGUGGCUGACAAACCGUUUCACUUCCAGAUCUGUGAGUCUCCCUUGCAGGGAAGUGAAAACGGACUCAAUAACACAAUAACUCAUGACAGAUCAAAUUAAAGGAGUCUGUCUCUCCUUUAGCAUUUCAUUGGGUUUUUAUUGUAUUUUCUGAAAAUCGAAAUGCUUGGUGUGUGUUUUUCCAGUUGAUUCACUAACUCAAGAAAGCGCACAACAGAAAGACAAAAUGGGACUAUGGAAGAUGAUUGAACUGUAACAAGAACCCAUUCAUUUGAACGCAAAUAUGCAAUAGUUUCACAUUUAAGAAACAUAUUUCUCAGAUUUAUGGGGAAGAAAAAAAAUUGAAUUUUCUCGGCGACACCUUUCCUAACACUUGUCUUCUCUGCCUUGUUGCCCUGAGUCUGAGUGGGCACUCGGCCUCAUACCUGCAGUACUGUACGACAAUCGCCACACAGCGGGGCGGAAGCAAGGACCGAGAUCACAAUGAAAAUGAAGACGAGUGUUUGUCCUCGUGUUGAAGUCCUGUCAAGUUGUCUUUGCACCCACGUUGUAUUCCCUCUUUGCCUUAAACGACCAAAGGAGAAGCACGUGGGACCAGGGCGUCCACUCCGACACGCGCCAGGGAUAGGUGAGACAAACGCGAUACGGCAAUAACAGCUCGCACUCUGAACUCUGUCCAUAUGUAUGUGAUAUAAUGCUAUACAUGUGUGUAUUUCAAAAGUUGACAAAAAAAAGGUGUACUGUAGAUCUUACUACCAUGUCAGUAUGUUUCAAAAGCUGCCAUUCUGUAUUUGUAUAAAGAAACGUUUCACUGUAGUCAAACAUUUAUAAAAGAGUUCCAGCUCUGUAAAGAAGAAAACAUUGAGAGAUUGAAAAAUAUAUCAAAAAUAUACAAGUAG